UACAAUCCUCCUCUCUCAAAAAGAGAAGAAAAAAGCUACAAAUACGGCCCAUCGUCUCUCCUCUGAGAUAAGGCAGGCAGAAGUGAGAGAGAGAGAAAGGGAGAAAAGCUACUGAAACCCUACCCGGAGCCCCGCCGCCGCCGUCGCCUCUCGCUGUCGCUGUUUCCAGUCGCCACGCCGCCAGGAGAGAAGGGGUGAAGAAGACCACCGUCACCAUGGCGGACGAAGAGCAGAUGGAGAAGAAAGAGGAGCAAACGGAGAUAACACCCUUUGAUCCAACUAAGAAAAAGAAGAAGAAGAAGGUUGUGAUUCAAGAUCCAUCUGACGAGGUUGAUAAGUUGGCUGAGAAAACUGAGAGCUUGGCAGUCACAGAGUCUGGUGAGCCAAGCUUUACAGGAUUAAAAAAGAAGAAGAAGAAACAUGUGGAACUUGAUCCAUCUCUUAUUGAGGCUGGAGAUGGUGAAGACACUCUUGAUGAUCAAAUUGGAGAAGACGAACAAGGAGAAGGGAUUGUGCUUGGUGGUGCAACCCAAUAUCCAUGGGAAGGAACUGACAGAGAUUACACCUAUGAAGAGUUGCUUGGCAGAGUCUUCAAUAUCCUGCGUGAGAAUAAUCCAGAUCUUGCUGGUGAUAGACGAAGAACUGUCAUGCGGCCCCCUCAAGUUCUUAGGGAAGGCACAAAAAAGACAGUUUUUGUGAAUUUCAUGGACUUGUGCAAAACAAUGCACAGGCAACCUGAACACGUGAUGACAUUUUUACUUGCUGAGAUGGGAACAAGUGGAUCGCUUGAUGGGCAACAAAGGUUGGUUAUCAAAGGAAGAUUUGCUCCGAAAAACUUUGAAGCAAUACUAAGGAGAUAUAUCAAUGAAUACGUCAUAUGUAAUGGAUGUAAGAGCCCAGAUACCAUCCUAUCUAAGGAGAAUCGGUUGUUCUUCCUUCGCUGUGAACAGUGUGGAUCGUCAAGGUCAGUCGCUCCUAUCAAGACUGGAUUUGUUGCCCAAGUUGGCCGUCGGAAGGCUGGAGCUUAAGUUGGCUAGUGCUUGGAUAUUCCUUGAUCGUAAACUAAUUUGCCGAUUUACUAUAAUUAUUGUCCAGUUUUCACUGUGUCUAUCCCCUUUUGUGGAUUUGAUUAUUUCCUGUACCCUGAAUGCUGCUGUGAAAUUCACUUUUAUCUGAGAGGAUCUAAGUUUGCGGCCUGUUGUCUCA